AGGGAGAAGGAAGUGGCGGGAGCUGAGCGCACUCCACACAGCGACACACGAGCGGCGGCUGCUCCGGGGGAGGCCGGCCACUCCGGGGCUGAAGUGCACAUGUCAUGGGAGACGACGACAGCCCUAAAUGUCACUGCUAAUGGUGGGGCAGACACCGGGAACCGGAGAUAGCGGCGAGCAGGACGGAAGAUGGAGAGCCCGGUCACCGCUGCCCUGCUGAUGGUCGGGGCUCUGUGCUGGGCGCUGCCUGUCAGACAGAACUCUUUGCAGUGUGAUCUAGGAAAGCAGUAUGGACAUCUUGGACGAUGCUGCAAUAAAUGCCCACCAGGAACACACAUGAAAGCAAAAUGUACUUCCACUGCAAAUACUACGUGCAGUCCCUGCGGCCCUAAUGAAUACAUGAGUGUUUGGAAUGAAGAUUUAAAGUGCACUCUUCACAUGGUUUGUGAUCCAGGGAAAGUUUUACGUGUGACUUUUAAUGGGAACAGUACAUACCCUCGGGAAUGUGAGUGCAUUGAAGGAUACCACUUUGAUACCAAACAAGAAAUAUGUAUGGAGAAUGUCAAGUGCCCCCCUGGAUCUGGAGUUCAGAUACCAGUCCAAUCAAAUAAAAAUACUGUCUGUGUACCAUGCCCUGUGGGAUAUUAUUCCAACUCUACAUCGGCAACAGAUGGAUGCACCCGCUGGACAAACUGCACAGAUCUUGGAUUACAAGAGAUCGUUCCUGGCUCUAACAUGUCUGAUGCUUUCUGUGAUCGUUACAUUGUCCCACAGGAUUUGACAAAGGUGGUAAUCCUAAUUAUUUUCCCUGUUGUGGCAUCAGGGAUUGUGAUAUGCAUCAUCUAUGCUGUGUGCCAUAGGAAGAAAUUCAGUGCAUUCAUAGCACAACUUCAGGAUUGGCUACGGCAAAGUUGUGACCAAGAACAUGAAUCUCAGUUAAAAACACCAUUCAGUGACCAGGGCGAGGACUGCAUACACAAAACCUAUGCUUUUUCGGAGGAAUGCAGUCUUCUAAAAGAAUCAGUGGUUCCCCAGGGCAGAAUGAUUCCAACAGAAAAUGAAUACAUGGACCCGAGAGGAUCACCUGAACCAGAGAAUGAGAGUAUGGUUGCACGUAUGGGCUCAACAUCGGAUAGUGAAAUUGGCUGUCCAGGAACAUUCCUUGGCUUUUCAGAUACCAGUUCAGACAGACUGCUGUCUCCUUCACAGGAAGAAGGCGUCAGUAUUCCUCUGUAUUCCCACCAUCAUUGUGGUCAGUCUGCCAAAGAAAUUCAGGACAACUCUGCCAGAGAUCCUGUGGACAAUGUGUGCGGACAUUAUGCCUCUCAGCACACGUUUCAUGUAUUCUCACAGGCAGCACAUCCUACCCCAGAGAGAAGUGAUGGAGAGGAGCCAUGUUCUUGCUGCACUGACAGGCAGUUUUCAAGAAAUGGGAGUAGUGCCAGCAGCACCCCUACUACAGAUAUCCCACCACCUUCAUCAGGAAAUCAUACAACAGUUCUUUCAACUGCUCCUGUAAUGAACAUUAAAACAGAUCUUGUUGUCGUGUACUAUAAUGCAAGCUCCCAAGACACCCACACAGCGGCAGAAACCGAGGACACCACGAGUAGGCCAAUGCAGGAGGAGAACCAGAGCCAUUACGACAGCUUUGUGGCCAACACUCAGUCCCCCAGGUACACAGAUAUCCCCUGCUCUUCAGUGUCAGAUACAGACACAAAAAUGUUUGCCGAUGAGUUGACGAGCCCUAGCUGCCUGGACACGUUUAGUCAAGAUCAGCCCAAUAUCUUUUUCUCUCCAAAUACAAACGUUUUACCUGUGCAAGAAGAAGGAAAGCCAGAAUUUUAUCUUUAAUAUCAGUUAUUUCAUGUGGAAUCUGUACUGUCAGUAAUGUUGUUUAUAAGGAGCUUCAGGAAAGCCCGGAAGGCUGGCUUGGAAUGAACAUCAAGCAGGAUAAGAUUUUCCAAACUUUUUUUUAAAAACUUUCUACUACUUUAAAUGUCUGACGUCUGUCUGGUGCUUAUUUUCCAAUGUCAUGUAUUUAUCUGUGUUGUGACCUUGGAAGGGGAAUUUGUACAAUAUAUCACUUUUUUACCAAGCUUUAUCUUUUAAGGGCUCUUUACACAGGCUGAGAGUCCUCCAGAUAAUCGUGAACAAGCGUUCAUAGGAAUGCUCAUUAGCGAUUAUCUGGUGCCCCUGAUUACCAGAUGAACGAGAGACACAAAAAUAGUCAUUUGCUGGCAGCAGAUCGUACUGUGUAAACACAUGCUGCUGCCGGCAAACAACAAGUCUGUAUGGGGACGAAGGAUGGCAUUAGCGAACGCUUAAUGGUCUCCUCCACUGACGAGCAGGCGCUUGCUGGAAAGGAACGCUUCCUUCCUGACAGUCACCUGCUGUAUCUUUCCAUCUAAAGGAACCUUAAGGCCUCUUAGGUCCCAUUCACACGUCCACACAAUGGUCCGCACCUGUUCCGCAAUUUUGCAGAACGGCUGCGGACCCAUUCAUUCUCUAUAAACCGGAUGUGAAGCAGAGAGCACACUAUGUGCUCUCCACUUCCGCAUUUGCGUAGCGCGGACCCUAAUUUCCGGCCCGCAGCUCCGCAAAAGAUAGAACAUGUCCUAUUCUUGUCCGCAGCUGCGGACAAGAAUAGGCAUUGCUAUAGGGGGUGCCGGACUGGUGUGUUGCGGAUCCUUACACUGUGUUUUCCAUCCUUGUGCUAUCCACAUUUUUUGCAGAUAGCACACUGACCCAUUUAUUUCUAUGGGUCCAUGCACACAUCUGUAUUUUUGACGGAUCUGUGUGGCCGAUCUGCAAAUUAUAGAACAUGUCAUAUCCUGGUCCGCAUUGCAGAUGGGACUAGUCCUUUCUGUUUAUGAGAGUGAGAAAAAUACGGACUGCACACGGAAGAUAUCCAUAUUUUGUGGAUCCGUUGUUUGCCGACCAUAAUAUGGACACAGCCAUGUGCAUUACCGUGGUUUUUCCAAAACCUGGAACGGAUCAUAAAUGGAGAACGCGUAUACGGUAAAUGAAAGGCCAAGUCUUCUCCUGCUUUCGAAUCCACUCCUGGCUUUGCCAUUAAAAACUGCAUGGAAAAACCUGAAUGUGGAAACCCAGCCUAAAACCACAACAAGAUAAAUGUUCUCAUGCCUAUUCAGCGCAUUGGUAAUUAAGUGUAUUCACGUUAUCUUUCAUGAUUACAAUCUAUUGUGCCUUGAUAAGUAAAAUCUAAUUACCGGUAGAUUGUGCACUCCGGAUUUUAAAAGUGUCAAAUCCAAGAUGCAAAUUAUCAUGGAAUUUUUCUGCUCUAUGUGGAUUACAACAAAAUCUGCAGGUCAAAUGUAAAGUAAGAGCAUCCAUUUAGCACACAUUUUUUCCUGCAUGAUAGAGUAAUUUAAACUCCUAUUCUAUACAACAUAAAAAGUCAAUUAACAGACAUAAUCCAACUUUAUGUCAUACAGUUGCAUUUGGUUGACCCUUAAAGGGAGCCUGUCAACAUGAAAAUGUGAAGUAAACUGCAGGCAGCAUGUUAUAGAACAGGAGGAGCUGAGCAGAUUGAUAUGUAGUUUUAUGGGGAAAGAUUCAGUAAAACUUGUAUUUCAGUCAUUAAAAUUUCUGCUCAUUCUGGGCUUUGUAGUCCAGGAGGCGGUCCUAUCAGUGAUUGACAGCUAUGUGUACACACAGUCAUAUAGGGGGGAGGCUGCUCAGCUCCUCCUGCUCUAUAACAUGGUGCCUGCAGCCCAAACACCAUGUUCAAUGCGUCAGGUUCCCUUUAACUAUAUUCUACUAACUUGGUGUGAAUUAUAUAUAUAUCAGUAGAAAUUUUGGGAUUAGAUCCUGUUAUGUCAGAUUAGGAAAGCCUUCUCACAGUUUGGUUUGGGAAAGGUUUUACUGAUCUCACAGAAUGGAAACUGCUUCUUUAUAUAUAACUCAUGCACAGGUUUUUCUUUUGGCUACUAUUUUUGUUGAGUAUAACUAUACAUAGUAUACUAUAAUAGUAUACUAUUUUGUGUCUAAGAUUUAUUCUUCUGUUUUACAUCACUGAGAAUAACGAUGACAGUGAUUCAUGUAUGGGCAUUGCUCUAUAUACAGAUUAUAGGAAACAGUAAUGUAAUGGGGCCUGUUCAAGAUGUGUAUAUGUUUUCUCAACUCUAUUUUUAUUGAAAGGAUUUCAAGGGAAGAAGACAAAGUACCAAAGCACCAACAGUGCUGAGGAAUGCCACACAGGGGCAUUGCAUGAAUAACUGGCAAUGUAGCCAGCAGUAAUGAACACUUAGGCUGAGUUCACACGGGCGAGAUUUCCGCGCGGGUGCAAUGCGGUAGGUGAACGUAUUGCACCCGCACUGAAUCCUGACCCAUUCAUUUCUAUGGGGCUGUGCACAUGAGCGAUU